CAAGCAACAAAAACAUUUUCUUUCUACCAUUUCAUUGAUCUGUGACUGUGACAAAAUUGUUUAUUCAGUGAUAAUGUUAUGAAAAUCUAUUUAUUUGAAUAUUUUUUGGAUUAAAGUGAUUUCUGGAAACAUGGAAGCGGUACCAAAAUUGCCGAUGAUCAGCUUUGAGCUGAAAGUAAGUCCAGAGAAUACACAUUUUGGACCCAAACUUAAGCAGUAUAUAUCAGAAGCAUAUCGAGAAGAUCCGGACAGUUACAGUAAUGAAAUACAUCAGCUGGAAGGCCUACGGUCCGCUGCAGUACGGCCGACGACCGACUCUGCUGGUCUUUCUGCUCUCAUUAGAUAUUUUUGCCAAUUGCGAGCUAUUCAGAGUAGAUUCCCAAUGGCUAAAGGACAACCGGUGGCCUGUACAUUUGCCUGGAAGGAUAUCUAUGCCAACAUGACUUGUCCAUUAGCUGAUAUACGAUUUGAGAUGGCAUGUAUACUCUACAACAUUGGUGCACUUCACACACAGUUAGCAGCAUCUGAGCCUCGCACCUCCGUAGAGAGUCUCAAGACAGCCUGCACCAGGUAUCAGAAUGCCGCUUGGGCCUUCCAGCAUUUGAGGGAACAGUACCCACAACCUCCAGGAGUUGAUGUGUCUUCAGAUAUCAUGAGGCUAUUUCAAGAAAUAUGUUUUGCUCAGGCCCAAGAAUGUAUUCUUGAUAAGAGCAUUCAAGAUACAAAGAAACCAAGUGUUGUUGGUGCUGUAGCAACCCAAGUGUUGUUCUUCUAUAGAAAUGCACUUGCUCUGCUUGGACCGUCUACUGGCACGGAUAACAUUCACGAGAUUACAGGCACUAAGAUUUACAAUUACUGGCAUCGAUAUUUGUCCUUCAAAUCAUUCUAUGUUGGAUGCAUAGUUUGUUUAUAUCAGGGAAUGAAUGCUGAAGAACAACAGAAGAUGGGAGAAAGAGUGGCAUUCUACCAACAGGCGGUUGAUAAACUUAAUGAAGCCAGAAAACUGGCCAAAUACAUUGAACCAACUCAAAUUACUCAAGAAGCAUUGACUUUUACCAAUGAUGUGGUGGAAGGGAAGCGGAAGGCAGCCAAAAAUGAAAAUGAGUUCAUAUACCAUGAAGAGGUGCCUGAUAAGGACCUUUUGUUGGAUUUGAAACCAGUUUGUUUGGUGAAAGCCAUGGCAAUCAACUUUAAUGACCCUGAGCUAUCUGGCCCAGAUAUAUUUUCCCGUUUAGUCCCAAUUGGGGCACACGAGGCAUCCUCCAUGUAUUCUGAAGAAAAGGCGAAACUCCUCAGACAUGUAGUGGGACAAGCUGAAUCUAAGAACACAGAGCUUAUGGAGUUUAUGUCUUCAUUGCAACUCGACCAGUUGGAGGUGUUGGAAUCUGACCAAAAGAUACCACAAGAAAUAGUGGAUAGAUGUGCAGCCAUGAAUGCCAAGGCGGAAAUUAUUCAAACACUCGUUGAUUCCAUGAACAACUUGGCUGAAAUAAUUACUGAUGUGGAGCAAUCGUUGGCUGAAAUCAAAACUCUUAUACAGGACGAAACAAAAAAAGAAAAAGACUACCAACAGGUUAUGGGCCCUCGUCCGCCAUCUAUUGUUCAAACUGAGCUGUCUCGCGAAUAUCACAAGUACCAAGAGGCACACAGUCGAACCAACGAAAGCAACCAAGUACUGCAUAAAGCUAUGACACUCCACAUAGCCAAUUUGAGACUGCUUGCACAGCCGCUAGAUGUACUGCAAGUUAAAAUUCCUAGUAUUGAUAAUAUUGAAGGUUUAGAUCGCGAGACGAUGGCGGAGAUGCGGCGGGUAGUGGGCAAAGCGCGCGAAAUGCAGACACAGCGGGACGCCCUGAUCCAGCAGUUGAGAGAGGCAAUCACCAACGACGAUAUCACCUCGCAGCUUCUCGCGCGGAGUAGCGAGCCCGCCGAUGAGAUAUUCAAACAGGAGUUGGAGAAGCACACGCCGAAGGUGAAAAUUAUCGAGCAGAAUUUAGCAGCCCAAGAGAAUAUAAUCAACAAGUUGACAUCACUGUACGCGUCGUAUGGUGACUCGCGGCGGUUGCUCUCUGACGUGUUGAGGAAGCGAGAAGGUCUCAUUAAUGCUUUGAUCACUUCAUAUGAUACAUACGAAGAGCUCCUAGGCAAGUCGCAGAAGGGACAAGAGUUCUAUAAGAAGUUGUCGCAUAACGUGAGCCAGUUACUUACCCGACUGCGCAGCACCUGCCAAGUGCAGCAAGAGGAGCGGGAGCAGCUGCUGGCGAAACAUAGUAGCAAAGCAUCGACCCCCAGUCCCGUACCGGCGACGGUAGGCGUCACCAAGAUGGCCGAAGUAGCGCCGACGCCCAGCACUGGCACUCGUAAACUAAAGGACUACUUGCCUUACAUGAAGAAUAGAACAUUGGCUGGGAGAACUCAAGUUCCAGUUGACGUCGUGCAACCUGACACGUACUAUCCUGAAUCGAUAUAUCCGACGUCUGUCAGACCAACACCCGUCGGUUCUGAGGCUACUGAUUUAUCUCAAACCCAAUUACCGGAUGGCGUGGUGGUCCCACAGGCAUUACAAAACCCAAAUAAUCCAUACGGCCGAUAUGGUACACCUUACGCGCCAACUGGAAAUGAACCUUAUUCUAUACAAUCUAAUUAUGGUUAUCCCAUGAAGACGGGAUAUGACAAGCCUGAAGAUGCUCAAUAUGGUUACAACACACCAUACACUCCGCCGCAAUACUCAUUGCAAGACCCACAAUCUCAAUAUACAAACCCAUAUUAUUCAGCUACUCACAAUAGUUCGACUAUAGUGACCGACUCACAGAGCCCCAUGGCAUACAACAGCGUGAGCCAAGCGAAUAUGCACCCUAAUGUAAGCCAAUAUGGUGUAUACAGUGAUCCGUACAAUCAACACAAUCAAAUGGCAACUAUACCUGAGGUGUCUUCUGCAUAUAGUACUCCAUAUAACCAAAGUCAGGACUUGACCGCAAACUUUGGACAGAUGCAAAUUGCUACCCCCAGAUCGGAACCAAUAAGUCAGCCAACGAGGCAGCCAAUGAGUCAACCAAUGAGUCAGCCAAUGACUCAACCAAUGAGUCAGCCAGUGAGUCAGCCAAUGAGUCAACCAAUGGGUCAGCCAAUAAGUCAAGCAACAGGCUACGGAGCUGACUAUUCACAGACAUACUACAAUAUCCAGUAUCCGCAAACCUCUACUCCUAAUGUUGCAACAUACAGCAAUGCUCACAAUCCUAAUACAAAUAUGAAUAUGACUCCAUCGCAACUCCCAUCCGACUACAAUUCGAUGAACUAUCCAUACAGUACCAAUACUCAGUACCAGCCAACUCCAAACGUAUCUAGCACAUAUAGCGCCGAACAACAGUAUAGUUACCCGAAUUACGCCACUCCAGAGUAUCCCAUUUAUACCAAUACAGACAGCAAUAUGACUUCAACAACCUCUAUCACAAACAUCCCAGUAAGUGUCCCCCAAGCAUACAGUACUAUUCCCGAACAAGACAGUAAUUUCAUUGACCCCAAAGUCCUCGCUCAAUUGGAUGCCAUAGACAAACCAAUAAAAUCACAUGUGACCGGAGAAGCGUUGUCUACGACCCCGCAAUAUCAACCGAACUACCAGAAUAUUCCAAACGCGACACCUAAUUAUAACCCGGCCGAACAGAAUACGGUGCCGACUACCUCAUAUCAGUACCCAGAUCAGACACAAAAUGUCAAUUGCAAUCAGACCUAUCAAAACCACCCGGGUUAUAAUUAUAACCCGGCGACAGGCACGUACGAUUAUAACUACGGAUCUCAAAACUCUUUUACGGGGUAUGUAAAUCCUGAUCAAGCCAAUGUGAACUCACAGUCGAUGGGACAGAAUCCGAAUUGGCCUGCUCAGGGAGUUUAUACGAGUGCAGGGACAUGCGAGACUGUGCAAUCACCGUCUUCAGAACAAGUGCCCCAAACGUCUGUAGAGCCGUUGAGCGACAACCAAACUUAUUACAAUGCGCCGUACGGUUAUCAAACUAUCCAGCCAAAUGAGAGUGUGCCUAACUCUCAGCCAGAGACAACGAAUUAUGGUGCCAAUAUAAAUCAGUCGACUUAUAUGCAAUGUGGACAAGGGCAGGACACAAGUGUCACUUUUAGUAAUAAUCAAGUGACCACUCCAAAAGAAGAGAUGCCGCAACCCAACUUCGAUAAUAAUGUUCCCGAAACGCCUAUUGCGAGCUCGCAGAUAGAGAUAGAAACAAAAACUGAACCGGAAAAGCCGGUGGACAAGCCCGAACCGUCAGUAUUCGAUCUUCUAUCCGAUAUUGAUUUUGCGGUCGAACAUAAACCUCUAAUGCCUGAAAUAAAAGUGCCUCAGAUUUCUGAAAGUGCUAUCAAAAAGUCAUCUACGCCAAAACCGAUGCCGGUAGUUGCGCCUGCGCCGAAAGAGGAAGUGCUGGAGCGACCGGCGAAGGUAGAUCUCUUCUCGGAUCCAAGUUUACUGAAUAAAUUCACUCAGGAGGUGAAGAAUUUGCAGAAACUGGUGGAUUCGUUGACUGAUAAGACGCCUAGCAGGUUGACACUUUUGGACUCAAAAUGGAAGACUUUCCAAGAUGUACAGGCCAAAGAAAAUAUGACUAGAACAAAAACGAUCGCGAUGCAGCAUUCUAGCGGGAACAUAGUGACCGAUGUAGUGCCUUUCGAUGACUCAAGACUGACCCUCAAGUCUGAUCCGGAUGCUUACUUCAACGUCUCAUAUUAUAGACAAUUAGCAUCCUGGUGUAUCCCUCUUGUGAUAUCGAAGAACCCUGCCGAAGAAGAUUGGGAAGUAUUCUGGAGAGCAGUGCUCGAGCAUAAGAUUAGUUGUAUUGUGUGUUUGCUCAGUGAAAUUGAGAUCCAAGGCAAAUCGUACUGGCCGACGGCCAGGGGCCAGUCUUUAGACCUGUCGGGUGGGCUUAAGGUGACGCUGGAAGAGGUGACGUGCACCGUACACUGGACGGAGAGGAAGCUGACCGUCGCAUGCGGAAAGACCGCCUUCAAUGUCACGCAUUAUCAGAUCAACGUGUUCCCCGCCAAGAUCGUGUGCUCGCCGCUGGUGCUGUUGGCGGAUAAGAUCUUGAAGCAGACGUACGACGGGCGGCUGAGCAACCAGCUGGCGACCGCGUGGCUGCACUGUGCCGCCGGCGCUGGUCGCAGCAGCCUGAUCGCCUUGCUGCUCAUGCUUAUGUGCCAAGUGCGUGCUGGCCAGCUCGCCCUUGUCGACAUGCUGGAUACGGGGUGCAUCAAUUUAUACAAACACAGGAGCAAUGUAUUGGAAGACACCAAGUACCUAGCGGACGCCUACAGAACAGCUCUGUUUUAUGUACAAGGAGUGCUUUGUUCAGGUACCGCAAUGUUCAACGGCGAGGCUGUCUCCGUACCAUCUGGUGCCUCGGUGCUGCCCCCGGUGACUCCCACGCCCACUGUAGCGACAUCUAGCGGCCAAAAGCAGAAGUUCUCACGGGAAUCGUUCGAGGAGAUGAAGCAGUCGCCAGGACUGAAAAGCGGCGACAUGAAGGAUCCCCUCAACUUCCUCGAUCCACUGUGGAGUUUGAAGAAAAAGUGAGAGUGAUUUGGCUGUUGACUCCAAAGGCGACUUGACAGUGUUGUACAUUAAUCGAUCAUUUCGUACUUUCAUUACAGUAUAUCCAUCGUACCUGGUUUUUGUGGUCGUCAGUGAAAAAAUUCUUUAGUGCAUUUAAUUUUAGUAUAUACUUAAAAAAAAAAACUAUAUCAUAUAAUGUAAUCGAUUUUUAGAUUAUAUUAAAUUGUUUAGAGGACAAUUUUUCAAUACGCCUUAAUAUACAUAAGAGAAAAGUAUAUAAUUGAAUUGUAUGGUAUUUAGAGAUCUCAAAUUAUUUAGUACAUUAUUAUUAAUAUAUGUUAUUAUAAUUAUAUAAAAAAUAUAUAUAAUUUGUAGGUUAAAAUUCACAUAUAUAUAUGUACUUUGGUUUUCCAUAUUAUUUAAUACGCUUAGAAACAAAAUUAGCAAAAUACAUGUCACAAUAUCAAUUUAAAUGAUAAAUAAAUAAGGCAUUUACGACGGCUGAAUGUACAUCUGUAAACAGAAAAUAGUUUAUAGGCUAUGGUAACCACUUACCAUCAGGUGGGCCGUAUGCUUGUUUGCCAUCUCAGUGGUAUAAAAAAAAGAAAAAAAAAUAAAUUUUAGUCAUUCACGUUGCAUGGUUUAUAAGAGGCGAAGAGAGAGAGAGAGAGAGUAAUCUAUGAUAUUUAUAUCGACGUUUCGAUCAGGUUACAUCGGGCGUGGUCACAGGUAGACUGAUGCAGCGCUGUCAUGUCUCCGCUUUACAUUACAGAAAAAAUCAAAUAUAAUUUAAAUAAAAUUAAAAAAUAGUUUAUUUCAUAUUCAUACGUAUAAUGGUCAACGCAAAAACCACAAGCUACUACACGUGAUGUUUCUUGACAUUCCAUAUUGCUGUUGAAGUUCGCAUAGAAUACAGAUGUAAUUUUUACGAUAGUUUUACCCCUUAAUAUUUUUGUUUUUUACAUUUCAUAAUUGUGAUCAAAAAUAAAAGAAUACAAGAAAUGAAAAGACAAUAGUAAAUAAUAGCUUCUGAAAACACGGAGGUGAUACUUUUUUUUUUACAUAAAAAUAUGAUCAUUUUCACCAACAGUAUAAUUUACAAGCAUCUUUAUAUAUAAGAAUCUACAUUAUAAAUUAUAAACUGGGCGUAUUUUUAAUUUUUAGAUUCUUUUUUUUUUUUUUAUAUUUGAUUGGUAAUAUUAACAUUCAGUGUACAUUUUUAUUUAGUAAUUACUUAAAUUAAGGACAAAAAUUUUACGAUUUUUUUUAUUAUGAGCAAAAAUAAAAAAAACAGGAAAUUCAAAAGUUUAUUCACUUGGUGAAAUUAUGUAGUAUAUUAGGUAUAUAAAAAAAUGUUUACAUAUAAAUGGUGUUUCUAAAAUAUAUAAAGCGAUAUUCAAUGUGUAAUAGAAACUGUACAAGAAACAACGUGUACGUGACACCCCUAGUGUUGCAGGCGUCCAAAGGCUAUAGUGACCGUUUACCAUUAGACGGGCUGUAUACAGGUUUGGUUUUGUAUAAAAAAAAAAAAAACAAAAAUCAAAACCCAGUAAUAGUUUUUACGGAACUGAAUAACUUACCGAGGAACUAAGUCGAAAUAAUGUUUAAUAUAAUAUAAAGAGUUGUGAAAACAUUGUUAUGUUUGUUACUGUGAUGGACAGAUUUGAAUGAAAUUUGAUAAACAAAUAUCCCAUACUUCAUACAUUCACACAGGCAAAGCCGUGGGGCAUAACUAUUAUGAAAAUUAAGUAAUUUCUCGUGUGAAAUAGACACUAUUAACUUAACCGUGCGGUUAAUAUUGUCAACAGCCAAAAAAUAUUAUCAUAUUUCGAUACUUCUUUGUUUUUCGAAAAUCAUUUUAAGUUAUUUAGUUUAAUAUCGUGUUAGUAUAAAAAAAAAGGUUUGCUAGGUUUCGGUAUCAACCUGCAUAUAAUUAAAACGGUAUUAUUUGCAUAAUUGCAGCUAUGAGCGCUUGUUACUUAGUGUGUAAGGUUCAAAUUUGCGUACCUAUAAAUUGCCCCACUGACUGAUUUGAGACUUGUUCCAAUUUUAAUCACGUCGUGAGAUCUGUAGGAGCAGGAUGCGAUAGGUACAUACAGCGAUGUAACACCAUGUGAUCACGUGGUCAUGUUUUACUCGCGGUAUCUCACAAUACUGUAUAUUAAAAACUAGCUAUAUCCCGUGGCUUUGCCGGCGUGAAUAAAUAUAUAAAGUAUCUUAUAGGCUAAGUCAGGAUAUAAUUUACUUGUGUACUAAAUUACAUACAAAUCCGUUUGUUUUGUGUGAAAGAGUAACAAACAUACAUACAUCAUAAUCUUUUAUAUUUAUAAUAUUAAUAUAAUGUGUAGCGUGUAUACAAAAUUCUAACCUUUUGUAAUAUUAUAAAUCUGAAAGUGCGUCUGUAUGUUGUCUCUUGGCCACUUAAUGAUUUAAUCAAUCACUAUGAAGUUUGGUAUACAGUUACUGUAUAAAACGGAGAAAGAGAAAGAAUGAGGAUGAAAUGGUAAUCUCGCCUGCGCUAUCGGUAUACGCUGGUGAGGUAUUAGUAUAGCAGGUUUGUUGGCCCAUCGUGACGUAUUCAUCAGUAAUUAACCACCAUGGAUUCCAAUGAGAACUGAGUGCAAGUCGACCUGUUAGAUCCCAUUAUUAAUAUGACUUUUCUUCCAGGACUACGCUGUCUAUAUAUCCUAGUUAUGAGGACGAAGUCGCGGAUAAAAGCUAGUGUGCCUAUACAUCUUGGCAAUAUGGUAGGAUAGGAAGGAGUUUAAAAAGUUUAAAAAAAAAUUCGUUGUAUUAUGACAUCAUAAAUAUCGAAAUUCUACGGCGCCUUAAAUAAUUUUGUCAUCCAAAGACUUAAAUAUUGUAGAAAAAAUACGUUAUGCAAAUUAAUUUUCAUGCAAACCAUACUUUGACAUUUCGAGGUCAUUGACCUUCCUAUUCUUAUUUGGUGUCGGCGUUGUUCUAUAUGUUUAUGAGUUCCUGGUACAUACAUCAGAAAUCAUUGUAUUAUAUUUAGAUUACAUUCCUAUUAAUUAACAUAUUUUCUUUAUUCAUUUUAAUUAAUAUUGGGGCCGAUUCUGAGGCGACAUUUCUCUAAAUCUAUCGCUUUAUAUUUUAUUUUGAUUACUUCUUAAAUAUUACUGUUUUAUGAACCACCAAUAACUGGAAGUAAUAAUAAUUGUUACUUAAAUAUAUUAGAAACAUAGUUCAUAUUGGUUCUUAGGAUAAUCAUUAAAUUGAAAUUUCAAUUUUAGAAUAGGUUCAGAGAACGGUGCUUCAUGGUACUUUAGAAUCGACCCCCCCAUUCUGUGAUCCAUUCCAUUGUUUCUGUCUACUCCAAUGGGAGAUAGGCGUGAUGUAUAUGUAUGUGUGUAUGUGAUCACAAGUUUUAUAUGUUAAUGGACACUGUCAAACUGACGCAUCUAUUGAAAUGAACAAAAUAAACUUAUCAUUAUGAAAAGUAUUAUUAUAAUCUGACAAAAUUUUAAUUUAAUCAUAUUUACGUAUAGUUAUAGAUAUUUUAUUUAGUACCUACAAAAUAAAAUAAAUACGACUGAAA